CAGCGCUGGGGAGGGGAGCCCUGUGGGCGCCAGGCAGAGACCCAGCGCCAAGGGAGGAGGGAAGGAGGGAACUAGGCUCUGGCGUGGCAGCGACGGCGGCGGGGCUCCUUGCCGGGGCUGCCCCCUCCUCCUGCUGCUGCUGCUGCUGCUGCUUCUGCUGCCUCCCGGGGCUGGGGAUGCCCGCCUGGGCUGUGCUUCCCGUGGCCCUGCCGGCCUUCAGCAUCUCGGGCAUGUGGAUCGUGAUUUAUAACCAGUCCUGUGAACUGGAUAGCCCUAUUUUCUGCUGCACUCUGGAUCAUGUUCCUCUUGUCAGCAAGUGUGGUACCUUCCCACCAGAGAGCUGCUUCUUCAGUCUGAUCUGCAGUCUGGGCUCCUUCAUGGUGGUGCUGGUUGGCCUGCUGAGAUAUGCUCAUGUCAUAGAGCAUUAUGGCCCUUCCCUUCUCAACACCUUGGGACUGGCUGCAGGUUGGAUCUGUGCAGCUGGCCUCAUAAUGGUUGGCAACUUCCAGGUGGACCAUGCAAAAGUGCUGCAUUAUAUCGGGGCAGGCGUGGCAUUCCCAACCAGCAUGCUCUUUUUAUUCCUUCAGUCAGUUCUGACUUACCGCAUGGCAACAACGAGAGGCCAUUACUGGACUGGCCACCUGCGCAGCAUCCUUGCAACCCUGGCAUUCAUCACCCUCAUCUUCAGUGGUGUAUUUUUUAUCCAGCAGAGCUUUGUUCUUCAACACUUGGCUGCUCUCUGUGAAUGGAUGUUUAUCAUAAAUGUCCUUGUCUUCUAUGGCACCUUUACUGCUGAAUUCGGAGCCAUUUCCACAGAUACCUUCCUGGUUCUCCUGAAAGCCAGGCGGACCUCUAAAAGCUACAAAGUGGACAGCAGCACACCAAGUAUGUCACACGUGCACAACCACUUGGAAAACAUGGCCAUGAUGUAGGAUGGCUGCUGGGAGCCUGACUGCUUGUGUGCACAAGAGCUCCUGAAAGAGCCAGAACAAGCUCUGCUUACUGGGACGCUGAGCAACCAAAAAGGGACAAGUCAGAACAUUAUUUUGGAUCAUGCCUGAGAUUCAGAUCUCCUCUUGCAUUUAUUUUGUGUAUGUGCUACACUAACAGUGUCAUGGGCGUUUUCUGUUAUAAGCACAUCCAAAUACUCUGUCCCAUCAGUGGCCUUUAGGUAGCAGACUUCCUUGCCUUUGCAUCAAAGCCUCUGUCCUCCAAUACUCCACACAAAGGAAUGAAAAAUGACAAUACCAAGUAGUCUGGGUAAACUAUCUCUUGUCAUUUGAUAAGGAUUAGGUUUGGUAUUGGGGAGAUGAUGCAGCUUAGUGGUAGAUGGUAUGCUGUGGUUUCUGGCAUCUCCAGCCAAGAACCUGAAUGGUGAAGAAAGACACUCCUCAGUAGGAGCCGGGUAGUACAAGACCAUUCCGUUGCAGCCAUAGGGUUAUGGCAUCCCCAGGAAAAGAUACUCACCUGGGACACUGGGGCCCGUUCUACUAUCAGGUGUCAGUUACUAAAUGUGUUUCCUCUCUUGUGGCCUUAAUUCUUUUGGGACCAAAACUACUUAUUGAGUAACUUAACUUCUGUCAGUUCAUAUUCUCAAGUCCUGGAUCUUAUCCUCAGUGUAUUAGUACUGAGUAAUAAUGAAUAUAGGCUUAAUCAUACAUUGCUGCUUGGAAUUGGGCCACCUGAGUUGGUUUCAUAUAGCUUUUUGGAGAAGUUUUGUUUAUUCCCAGAAUGUCCUCAGUUUUAGAAGCAGCACUUUAGUUCUAGUUGGUUCACUGGAGGAAUCCUGUGCAACACAGGUUGGCAGCUGUGGUGCUUACUCUCUUCCAUGUGGGAGGAGGCCUGGGAAAUCUGUAUCUUCUGUGUAGCUGUUUUUAGAGGUGCCAUCCAAUUCCUGUUUAAGGUGCUACAAAUAGUUGGUGCCUCCAAAGCUUUUUCCACCCUUUCGGACCCCUCCCCACCCCCAAGCUCAGAACAUUUCAAAACCGCAAGAAAUUCCAGAUACCAAUGGGCAUGUCUGCUGUCUUGUUCACAGGAAGUUGAAGAGCUACAGACAUAAAUAGCCAUAUCCAACAGUCAAGAAAUCUCAGAGUUCUGGAUUCUUAUGUUAUGAACCAUUACGUUACUACAUAUUGAAGUGCCUUUGACAUGCACAGUAGUUCAGGUUUUAAUUGGUUCUGAACUCUGUGCUCCCCUUAUCCUAAGAUGGAUAUUUUCGUGCCUUUUGCGGUUAUUGAGGCAGGGUUUCUCAGGUCUGCUUCUCAUGUUGUUAUUUUUUUUUAAAACAUGUAAAAAUAGAAGAUACAGUGAAAUACCCAAAGAUGUAAUGCCUUGCUAGAGACUUUGGAAUACUCAGCUGGGUGAUUUUCAAAACUUCCUAGCCGAUUCACAAGAUGUGUGACAUUUCUUACAUUACUGCUUCACUGUGGUUACUGCGUAUGAGCAUAUGAAGUAGUCAUGUUGUUUGUUGGCCUCUCCAACAUAAUCUGUGGCAAUGGGAAGACACUGCUCGGGAGUAGUAAUGUCAUGGUUCUAGUACCGGAAGAAAGAAUUAUGAGAAGAUGGUUGUGGGGGGGGGGGGGAUCAAAUCCGGGUAUUUUGGAGUAUUUCUUGAUACAGUAUUUCAUUGCACACAUCUUUAGAAUGAGUAAGGAGAAACAUCGGGCACAGAAACUGUACUUUCUUACAACACUAUCCAUGUCAAAAGUAAAGUAUAAGACAAGACCAAAGUGAAUUAAUCCUACCAAAUCUCUUGCUAAAUUAUAGUAAGGGGUCUCUCAAGUUGUUUUUCUUCCUCAUUACCUGAUGCUUGUGCUAAUUUUAGUUUUGUGCCAGGAAUGCCUUAGGACGAGGUUGAGAUUGCACUUUCUGCUGUGGAAUUGCGGAAGAAAGGAUGGAUCACUUUGGCAUAAUGAGGAACUAAGUGUGAUGGUUGCCAUUUGCACAGUAUUGAAAGGGCUACAUGCAUGAGCCUGUCAAGUGUUAUUUUUGGGGGGGGGGCACUGUGGGGAUUAAUUUUUUUAAUAAAAAGAAUAAAACAUUUUAAUAAGUUUACAAAGUGGUGGAGACACUGAAGGGAGAACUGUGUCAUUUAUCUCUGGCUCAUGAACAGGUCAUAAAUACCUAUGCUGUUGCAUUGUACAUAAUGUUAUGGUGCGGGCAGUGGGAUCACACUUGACCAGCUGUAAUAAAUACAAUAUUGUUGCAAGAAGAGCACUUUGGAAAAAUAUUACUCCCUCAGGUGAAGCUCUCACAAAUAUUCACAUUCUCAGAAAAAAAAUAUAUCAUCACCUGAAAAGGCCCUGCAGUGACUCUCUUUGAAAAUCUUGAGGGAUAAAAGGGGAUGGGUUUGAUGAUGUGGAGCUCACAUACUUGUGCCAGACUUCGCAGUGUAUGUGUGAUCUUGCUCCUGAAUUGCAUUGGCAUAUACAUGCUUUUGAGAACAUUGUUCUGAAUAUUUUAUACAUAUAAUAUAUACAAUAUGCUACAAUUGA